CUCCUCGCAGGGCCCGGACGGACGGAGCCGACUGCGGAGCCGCCUCCCCCGCCCCAUGCGGCCCUCUGCGCGGUGGGCGCCCCCCCCGCCCCCCCGAGGGCCCCCCGGUCUGGGGGCGGGAGGGCCGGCGGCGCUCUGCGGCAUCGGCGGGAGGCGGGGGCAGCCGCGGCCAGCCUGCUCGCGAGGAGACCAGGGAGGGGGGUGGUCCAGGCUGGGGUUUAGCCGGAGCGCACCCCCCCCCCCACACACACACACACCGGCAAAGGGCUCCGCUGCGCCUCCUCGCGGGACUCACCGGCGCCCCCCCCUUCUCGAGCCCGGCUGCCCCCCCCGGCCGCUCAGGACGGCGUCCCUCAGGCUGCCCCCCUCCCGUUCCCCCCUCCCAGCAGGGGGCUGAGUGCCCGGCCCAGCACGCUUCCCUGCGCGGUGGAGGAUUUGAACCCGGGUCUUCCGGACCCUCGCCACCCGGGACCGCGGGGGGUGGCGUGGAGAGUGGAGGCGCCGAUUGGCCCGUGAGGUUUUCCGGCCAAGGUCGAGCGCCUGGGAGUGCCAAUAAUCCGUUGCCCUGGGGGGGUGGGAGGAGAAUUUGUGAGUGCUUCCGGGGGGGGGCUGCUCUGCUUGGGGGGCAUCUUGUGGGGCUCGUGAUUCCUUCUGCCCUACUUCAGCUUACUCUGCAGCUCCUGGGGCCUGCCUGAGUGCCCGUGCCGGACGGCUGCUCGCCUGGCGGAUGCAUGCCCUGCCGUCAUGGAGAACCGUGAUGGAGGCUGCCCUGCGGGCUCACACGUGCCUUUGGCUCGCCCUGGCUUGGGUCCCUUUGCUGGUGCCAAACGGACUUGUGUAUGGAGGGGCAGAGCCCUGCAGGGCAGCCGGUCGCCCUGGGGAGCUCACCUGGGCAGUGCACUUGGCCGUUCCUGAGGGGUCCUCUGAGCAGGAGCUGGACCGGCAGGCCGAGGCGCUGGCUGAGGCAGCCGGCCUGGCAAAUGUUGGCCGCAUCGGAGAACUCAGGGGUCACUACCUCUUCAGCUACCGGCCGAGAGGCCCUGUGGAGCCGGGCCUGGAGGACGUCCAGCAGCUGGCGGAAGCUGUGUUUGCGCACCACGACAGCGUGAGGUGGCACGCCGAGCAGCGGCUCCUCAAGAGGUGCAAGCGCAGCCUCCAUUUCAACGACCCCAAGUUCCCCCAGCAGUGGCACCUGAGCAAUCGCAAGAGUCCCGGGAUGGACAUCAACGUGACCGGCGUGUGGGAGAGAAACGUGACUGGCCAAGGGGUGACGGUGGUGGUCGUGGACGAUGGUGUGGAGCACACAAUUAAGGACAUCCAGCCCAACUACAGCCCCGAAGGCAGUUAUGACUUGAAUUCCAAUGACCCCGAUCCCAUGCCCCACCCCGAUGAAGAAAACGGGAACCACCACGGGACCCGCUGUGCGGGAGAAAUCGCCGCUGUCUCCAACAACAGCUUCUGUGCUGUGGGAGUGGCCUACGGGAGCCGCAUUGCAGGGAUCCGGGUGUUGGAUGGGCCGCUCACAGACAGCAUGGAGGCCAUCGCUUUCAACAAGCACUAUCAGAUCAAUGACAUCUACAGCUGCAGCUGGGGUCCAGAUGAUGAUGGCAAAACUGUGGAUGGGCCCCACCAGCUUGGAAAGGCCGCUCUGCAGCACGGAGUGAUCGCUGGCCGGCGGGGAUUCGGCAGCAUUUUUGUGGUGGCCAGCGGCAACGGGGGACAGCACAACGACAACUGCAACUACGACGGCUACGCCAACUCCAUCUACACAGUCACCAUUGGUGCAGUAGAUGAGAUGGGGUACAUGCCCUUCUACGCGGAGGAGUGCGCCUCAAUGCUGGCUGUGACCUUCAGCGGGGGCGACAAGUUGAUGCGGAGCAUUGCAACGACAGACUGGGACUUGCAGCGGGGCACAACAGGGUGCACCGAGGGCCACACGGGCACCUCCGCUGCAGCCCCUCUGGCGGCUGGCAUGAUUGCCCUCAUGCUACAGGUGCGCCCCUGUCUCACCUGGCGGGAUGUCCAGCACAUCAUUGUCUUCACAGCCACCAAGUAUGAAGAUCACCGUGCCCAGUGGGACACCAACCAGGCUGGCCUGAGCCACAGCCACCAGCACGGGUUUGGUCUGCUCAACGCCUGGCGGAUGGUCAACGCUGCCAAGAUCUGGGAAUCGGUCCCUUACUUGGCUUCCUAUGUCAGCCCCGUCUUGAAGGAGAACUGGAUCAUCCCUCUGGAGCCCCAGCAGCUGGAAGUCACCUGGAAUGUCACGGAAGCUGACCUAGAACUGUCAGGGAUGCGGACCCUGGAGCACGUGGCCGUGACCGUCAGCAUCACCCACCCUCGCCGGGGCAGCCUGGAGAUCCGCCUCCUCUGCCCCAGCGGCAUGGAGUCCUUGAUUGGCACCGCGCGGACAAUGGACUCAGACCCCAAUGGCUUUGUGGACUGGACCUUCUCCACCGUGCGCUGUUGGGGGGAGGAGGCCCAGGGCACUUACCGGCUGGUGAUCCACGAUGUGGGGGACAAGACCUUGCGAGCAGGAGUGUUGCGCCAUUGGCAGCUGGCGCUCUACGGGUCCUCCUGGUCUCGGGCUGAGAUCAAGGAGCGGCAGAGACUACUAGAGGAGGCCAUGAGUGGCCGGUUCCUGGACGCCGACUUCUCCGUGCCCUGCCCGCCUGGCUUGAAGGUCCCGGAGCAGGAACUGUACACCAUACCUGUCAACACGCUCAAGACUUUGAUGCUGUUGGGCUGCUUUGCCGUCUUCUGGACCAUCUACUACACCCUGGAGGUCUUCCUGACCCGCAACAAGGUGGCCUUUGACCUCACAGCCUGCAGCAGUGGCCGUGGUUGCCCGUGGCCCGCCAAAGGCAGAGCACCCUCAAGCCUGGAGGACGCGACCGAGAUGGAGGAGACCAUCCCUUUGUACGCAGGGGAGGAGGUGGGGGUGGAGACAGAGACGGAGCAGCUCCAGGAGGGGCCAGCCCGGGCCUGCCAAAGCCCCGGGCAGGGCGAGGCUUGCUGAACGCCCUGGCGCAGGAUCAGGCUACCUCACCCGUGGCUGACGGAUAGCAGGCGGAGCCCCCCCGGCUCGCUUGCCAAAUCGGCACCUGCCUGCCCUCCUGCUGCAACCCAGAUGCCCGGCUGCUUCUCCAGAGGAGCCCUUUGCACUGGCAACUUGCCCAGCGGCCACCUGAGGCACGGCGACUUGUCAGGCAGCACCCGGCAUGCUGAUGGCACGGGUGGGGGUCUCCGUCACUUUGGGGAGGAAGAGAGGGGCUCCCUGUAGCCCAGACCAGGACAGACAGCCUUUGAGCGCCCACCCCAGUGCACCGGUCCACACACAUGCGGGUCAAGGGGAAAGCAGCCCCUGCCCAACUGGUGGUCGCCAACUCUCCCUCUGCCUUACGCUGCUGCGGGCCACAGAGCAGCAAGACCGUGGCUGACCUGAGCCAGUUCGGCCAAAGACCGCCAGAGUUUCCUGCAGGGAAACCCUGCUUCCUUCUGCCUUUUCUCUUUGAGCUUCCCUGCUUGCCUCUCGCCAUGACUUGCUUGCCACGCUGCCCAUGGAGGGCAAAGAGGAGCCGUUCCUUUCCUCCCGUGGUCAGUGGUAGGCCGGCCCAGCCAAAGCACACCGCAGCCUUGCCUCCACUGCCUUCCUGUGCGGACUGCGGGAGGCCUUGCGCAGGGGACAGUCUGUGUCCGCGAGGGGCCCUUCUCUCCGUGUGACUCGGUGUUUGGCCGAGGGGCUGCAUGAGCUGCUCAGCCUGCUCGGAGCUGCAUCUGGUGAGCAGACGGGGGGAGGGGAGGGGGUCAUGUUUUGUGUGGGCCAAAGAGCUGGCCCCCCCUUGACUGACUUGAAGCCCUUCCUCCAGCUUGCAGGUGGAGGGUGUUUUUAGUUCAACGGGGUUUUGUUUUUUACAGAUUCGUUUCUCUUUGCAGCUUUCCAGAAUAAACUGAUUUUAAAAACA